AUGGAAGAUGCACUAAAGUUUAUAUCAAGUUCCGUUCAGAAGGUGGUUGUUGAUGCCAAAGUUGGGCCUCCAUCAUAUGAGAAGGGGCUUGCAGCCGAUAUACUUUCUGUUCUGAAGAGGACACAAUGUAACAACUGCCUUGUAUGGGCAAAAAGCGACAAUUUAGUGAGAGAUGUAAAUAAACAGUCACAGGAUGUGCCGGUGGGGUACAUUGUUAUGAUGAACUUUUCUUCGGGAACAAGAACAAACUUAUUGAGGAUGAGAGAUGCUCAAGUUGUGGGCAUUUUCCAUGGUCUAGUUGAUGAGGCAGUUGUUAAAAUCCUGCACAGGAGGAAUAAGAAAGUUUAUGCAUGGACUGUUGAUGAUGAAGCAGCAAUGCAUAAAAUGUUAAAUGAAAAUGUGGAUGCCAUAAUCACGAGUCAUCCAACUUUGCUUCAAACUUCCAUGCGCGAUAUAAGAAAAAAAUGCCUUAUUGAUGGUUAUUCUUUGGGAUCAUGAGUAUUAAACUAGACUAGAUACUUAGAUAUUACC